AUGACGGACUUGCUACUGGACCCGGCGAUCCGAACCUGGGUAUUUCUGCCCAUCGUCAUAAUUACUUUUUUCAUUGGCGUCCUCCGGCACUACGUGUCCCUAUUGCUCAUGAACAAGAAGAAGGUUUCGAGAUAUCGAAAAGUCUUGGACUCAAAGAAUAGGAGUUCAGGUUGAGUUGGACAACGUUGCCGAUGGCCAGUACUUGCUUCGAUCGCGGAUGCUUCGAGAGAACGGCCGCUUCCUCCCACGCGCCUCUUUCAACGCUCGACGGCAUUAUCUCGUGUCUGAAGAGACUGGUGCGACCUUUCCUAACAGGGCGACUUCAAUUCCACUUGCAGGAUAUCUUUCCAAGGCUAUGCAACGUCCGGCGCGUGGUCCGAAUCCCAUGGAUCCCACGCAGAUGACGGAAAUGCUCAAGGGAAACAUGAUGAACAUGGUAUGGUCAUUUUUAAAAUAUAUUCGUUCCGGUUAAUCGAUAUUAUAGUUAUAAAUUUCGGUUUUGAAAGUUAAAGGCUUUUUAAAACUGGACUGAUAAAAAAACUCACCGAAACAAGGGAUGAUUAUAAUUUUCUGUGCGUAUUUGAGUUUUAUUCAUAACUUUUGACUAAAUAUAUAAUGCAAUUUUCACUCAACAAUUUCUAUCCUAAGAAAAAUCGCAAAAAUAGGUUUUUUUCAACAGUUUCUCCUUACAUAACUUGCAAUGUUAAAAAGAUUUUUCUUGAUAUUCCGACGAUUUUAUGAUUAAAAAGUCUGGUAAAAGUCGCCUUGUUGAAUACUCAAAUGUGUAAAAAAUACUUUUGAUUUAAAGAAAACCGAACUGGGAACAAUUGGACUGAUAAUAAAAUUCAGAUCCCGAUGAUUGUGGUCGGAGGCUGGAUCAAUUGGACUUUUUCGGGUUUCGUCACCACUAGAGUUCCUUUCCCACUGACACUCAAGUUCAAGGCUAUGCUUCAACGCGGAGUUGACUUGGUCUCGUUAGACUCAGCCUGGGUAAAUCUCUCGAACAUAUUCAAACAUAGCAGAUAUUUGAAGGUUUCUUCUGCAUCGUGGUAUUUCCUGUGUAUGUUCGGCCUUCGCUCCAUUUACACCCUUGUUUUGGGUACUGAAAACGCCGCCGACCAAAGUAAAGCGAUGGAAGAACAAAUGACUGGUUCGUGUUUAGUUUCCUUUGUCAGGAUGUGAAAAAAAGAGAACUAUGAUUCCUAAGAAUUUUUUAUUCUGCAUAUUAGUUUCAAAAGUCGAUUAAUUGCUGAAUCAUAAAAAAGCAACGUAGUUUUCGAUCUCACCCAAUUUGAUAUGUGAACCAAAAAUUUUCUGUUCUGCCUCUGUCUUUUUAUGAAAGCUGGCAUAAUUUAAAGAACCGCAUUCAAAGCGAAGUUAGAGCCGAUUCACGGCUAGCUUGGGACACAAAAAGGCGUGGCCUGAGAAAGUCUUCGAAGAAAGUAUUCCGUUUUUUAUUUGAUAAACUGUGAUACUCAUGUUCUUUCAUUGAAUAUUCGUUGCAGGCGCCGCCAUUUCUCCGCAAGCAGACCCUCGUGGAGCGUUCAAAGCCGAGUGGGAAGCUCUGCAAAUGCAUCAACACCAGUUUGUUCUGUGA